AUGUCUCCUCCCACCCAAGAAGGAACAUCACCGACGACGCUCUCCGUGCUCUCCCUCGACGCAACCUCUGCCUCAUCCCCAUCACCAACCGGCGAUAACACCCCACACGCCCUCCCAGGAACAUCCUCAGCCUUCACAAGCGGCAUCGGCACCGCGGGCGCAAGUGGACACGCGACACCCACACGACGCACAGGUACAGGGUCCUACAAUCUCGACAUCAGCGGAGACGAAGACCCACACGUUACCGUUGACACCGUUUCCGUCCCUGCGGUCCUGAGUACCACUCCAUCUGCAACCUCGACCCUGAAAAGUAAACAACACUUUGAUCUAGCGAUAUGUGCGGACGACGAAGCUGUUAAACACACAGACGCAACACCAUAUCUCAACUCGGACUCUUUCGAAAUCGAAAUGGCUCCCAUCAGUGGAGUAGGGGGCGGCCACCGACGCCGGAGAAGCAGUCUUAUGAAUCCCGUUGGCGCAUCCAGCAGCAGCAGACACCGAUCGCCGAGGCCACGAUCAUCAGCAGGAAAGGGAAUCGAUUUCGACGAGUCCAAGUUGGUUGGGGACGAUACAAGGGUACAGGAAGUUGCGGGACGCUAUGACGGACCUAGCGAUGACGACUUAUCGGACGAGGACCUCCAUAUCGACGAAGAGGCCGGCUUGACAGGUGCGGACAAACGGAGGAAGAGCCGCAAGAGAAGUCGCAACACCCGGCUUGACCAGAGGAUAGCGAGGGACAGGAUCUCGGAAGCAGAAAAGCUAGAGGCGGACAGGGCGGUGCUCAAGAAUGCUGUCAUUAACGUGACACUGAUUCUCCUCUGGUACUUCUUCUCAUUAAGCAUAUCCUUGUAUAACAAAUGGAUGUUUGACCCAAAGAAGCUCAAUUUCCGAUUCCCGUUAUUUACCACCGCUACACACAUGCUCGUGCAGUUCUCCUUGGCAUCCAUUGUCUUGUUCUUCUUUCCCUCGCUACGACCAACAAAUGGGCACAAGUCGGAUCUGGGCCAGUCGAGGCAUGAACCGGAACGGCCUGUCAUGACCAAGUGGUUCUACCUCACCAGGAUCGGUCCCUGCGGAUUGGCGACCGGCCUCGAUAUCGGGCUGGGCAAUGCUUCGUUACAAUUCAUUACUCUCACCUUCUACACCAUGUGUAAAUCCUCCUCGCUAGCCUUUGUCCUCCUCUUCGCCUUUCUCUUCCGACUUGAAUCACCCACAUGGCGGCUAGUAGCCAUCAUCGCAACCAUGACCUUCGGCGUCGUGAUGAUGGUCGCCGGCGAGGUUGAGUUCAAGCUAGGCGGCUUCCUCCUCGUCAUCUCAGCGUCGUUCUUCUCUGGCUUCCGCUGGGGUCUGACCCAGAUCCUGCUUCUCCGCAACCCGGCCACGUCCAACCCAUUCUCCAGCAUCUUUUUCCUCGCCCCCGUCAUGUUCCUCAGCCUGAUGUCCAUCGCCAUUCCCAUCGAAGGAUUUUCGGCUUUAUUUGCCGGCCUGAAGAUCAUCGCCGAGGAACACGGCAUGCUCAUGGCGCCCUUGCUCAUCGUCUUCCCCGGAACCAUCGCCUUCCUGAUGACCGCAUCCGAGUUCGCUCUGCUGAAGCGUACCUCGGUCGUCACCCUGUCCAUUGCCGGAAUCUUCAAGGAGGCAGUCACCAUCUCAGCCGCGGCCAUUGUCUUUGGCGACACCAUGACGGUCAUCAACGUCAUGGGCUUGCUCGUCACUUUGGCCGCCAUAGCCAUGUACAACUACCUAAAGAUCUCCAAGAUGCGUCAGGAUGCGCAGAACAACGUCCACAGGGCUCACAUGGUCGGCGGUGACAGUGGCAGCGGGUCUUCGUCUUCUGCUUCUACCAGCCGCAGUGGAAGCAGGAGUGGAAGCGGAGGCAGCAGCAGUGAGAGAGACGGAGAGGGCGAGGAUGUCGAGGACGAGGGCAGGGGAUUUCUUGACGGUGCUGUAGCGGAGACGCUGUUCACUGCGGAUGGGGAUGUGGUCAAGCGAAGCCCGGAUUCGCCUGCCACGAGAGACAGGGGGCGGUCGGCGGACCAGAGGCAUAGGGCUGACUGAUUUUGUUUUCUCAUGUUGAUCUUGGGUUUCCUUUUGUUAUUAUUACGGGUCGGCAUCCAUCCCAUUGGAUUCUUGGUAAAUUAUUUGAAUACAAACAUGAAUCUGUGCAU